UCUCUAAAUAUAAAAACAAAAUAGUAGGCUGCAACCAUUUAAUACAGCCACAGUCAAGCCAACUGAUCAUCAUCACCCUGUUGUUUACAGACAUAAUUAAACACAACAAAUUUGCAUUUUUAUCUUACAAACGUAAUCAUCCGUUCUGUUUACAGCCAAUCUGUUUCGCCUUUGUGUGCUCCGCCAAUCAGAUUCAUCUCUUGAGUUCAGCCUACCGUUAUGAUAGACAGUUUGUGGGCGGUCCCUUCACUCCUUCAGCCAAUCAGAGUGUGUUUCUUUAACCACGUUGUGAGCUACAGACGGGCGGUCCCGCGCGAGUACUCUAGGCCGCUCGUGUGAUCAAACGGUCUAUGCGGCGUACACAUCCACUCCGUUCCCGGGAACAUCAACGAGGUUAGAGGUGGGCUUUCAACUUUAUUCUAAUGGCGGAAGGGGCUCCUUUGAAUCUGCCUUGAGGUCUUCCGAUCGCCCCGUUCAAACCCUCACGCAGAUGCAAGUCUGCCACCUGCCUGGGUGUUUGUGCUUGCAGAAGAAAUGCCGAAGGAAGCAUCGAAAGCGGGCUGGACGCUUGGUGAGUUCGAAGAAUUCUCGGCGGAUUACUUUCUCCUGCUCUGUGGCCUCAGUGCUGGAUGGUGUUGAAGUGCUGCUGACUUUGAGGGGUUCAUACUUGGUGCCUGUAUUUCCGUUUUCAUCUGGAUCAGGGUGGCGACCAUCGCGGAUCUUGGAUUCGAGGUGGCGGCGUGAAGACCGUGGUGCUAAUUUAAAAAAUCUACGUUCCCUGGGUAGCGGUAGCAGGAAAUACAUAAGGAAUGAUUUUAGAGUCACAGCUGGAAGGUUCUUGUUGAAGACUGUUAGAGAUUGCAACAUCAUCCAUUUCUGCUCUACAGUGGGUGUGGUUGGGGCUCAGCAGAUGCAGGGCCAACCAAAACGCUUCUCCACCAUGGAUGUCGAUGAAGAGGAGAACAUGAGUUCAUCCAGCACCGACGUAAAGGAAAACCGCAACCUGGACAACGUCUCUUCUAAGGAGGGAGCUGGACUGGUCGAGCAGCUCCCCAACGGUAGCAGAGGAGGGGGACGCAAGCGCCCCCUGGAGGAGGGUAAUAAUGGCCAUGCACACUCAAAAUUCAGAACCAAGAAGCGUAAGAAAACGCCAGGGCCUGUUCUGCCCAAGAACGCCCUGAUGCAGCUGAAUGAGAUCAAACCGGGCUUGCAGUAUAAGCUGCUCUCACAAACCGGUCCGGUCCAUGCUCCGGUGUUUGUCAUGACUGUUGAGGUCAAUGGGCAGUUGUUCGAAGGUUCAGGCCCCACGAAGAAAAAGGCCAAGCUGAAUGCAGCCGAGAAGGCCUUACGUUCCUUCGUCCAGUUUCCUAAUGCAUCCGAGGCACACUUGGCCAUGGGCCGUACGCUGACCGUCAACACAGAUUUCACCUCCGACCAGGCUGAUUUCCCUGACAUGCUCUUCAACGGGUUUGAGACGCCGGCACCGCCUGAGGACAUGUUUUUUCUGGGCUCCAAUGGCAACGGCUCCUUAAACCCGCUGGGAGAGUACCCCGUGCCCCAAGUGGUGGGCACUAACAGCCUUGUGCAGGCACCCCUGCCUCCACCCUCUUCCUUCUCCUCCUCAUCGAGCGGCAAGAACCCUGUUAUGAUCCUCAACGAGCUUCGGCCGGGUCUCAAAUAUGAGUUUGUGUCUGAGAGCGGAGAGAGCCACGCUAAGAACUUUGUGAUGUCGGUGACUGUGGAUUCGCAGAUGUUUGAGGGCUCAGGGCGGAAUAAAAAACUCGCAAAAGCGCGGGCUGCGCAGGCGGCUCUGUCGGCACUCUUUAACAUGCAGCUGGACCAGACGCCUUCACGUCAACCCAUCCCCAGAGAGGGCCUACAACUACACCUGCCCCAGCUCUAUGCUAUUUAUCAGGUUCUUGCGGAUGCCGUUUCUCGUCUGGUGGUGGACAAAUUCAGCGAGCUGACUGACAGCUUCACCUCUCCACAUGCACGACGGAAAGUUCUGGCUGGAGUUGUCAUGACAACAGGCACUGACGUCAAGGAUGCUCAGGUUAUCUGUGUUUCUACGGGAACCAAGUGUAUAAACGGUGAGUAUAUGAGCGACCGCGGCCUGGCGCUCAACGAUUGUCAUGCUGAAAUCAUCGCUCGUCGCUCUCUGAUCAGAUAUCUCUACAUGCAGCUGGAGUACUUCCUCAGCAAUAAUAAAGAGGAUCAACAGAAGUCAAUAUUCACGCAGUGUGAGAAACUUGGCUACCGGCUGAAAGACAACAUCCAGUUCCAUCUUUACAUCAGCACGUCACCCUGCGGAGACGCCCGGAUCUUCUCGCCCCACGAGGCGGGUGUAGAGGACCAGGGCGACAGGCACCCAAACAGAAAGGCAAGAGGCCAACUGAGGACCAAGAUCGAAUCUGGUGAGGGGACCAUCCCAGUGCACUCUAGUAACACCAUACAGACCUGGGACGGAGUUCUGCAGGGAGAACGACUGCUUACGAUGUCAUGCAGUGACAAAAUUGCAAGGUGGAACGUGGUGGGUGUUCAAGGCUCUCUAAUGAGCUACUUCACUGAGCCCAUCUACUUCUCCAGUAUCAUCCUGGGCAGCCUGUACCAUGCUGAUCAUCUUUCGCGAGCCAUGUACCAGCGGAUCGCUGACAUCGAGGACCUGCCCCAGCAAUUCUCCCUCAACCGCCCCCUGCUCAGCGGAAUCAGCAACGCUGAGGCACGGCAGCCAGGAAAGGCUCCCAACUUCAGUGUGAACUGGACUGUGGGAGACCAGGCUCUAGAAGUCAUUAAUGCCACCACAGGCAAGGAUGACAUGGGCAUACCCUCUCGUCUCUGUAAGCACGCCCUAUACAGUCGCUGGGUUCGGCUGCACUCUAAGCUCUUGUCAACUCUUCGUAUCAAAGUGGACAAGCCCAGCUCAUACCACGAAGCCAAACAAGCAGCGGUGGAGUACCACACAGCGAAGCAAACACUCAUCAAGGCCUUUCACAAAGCGGGUCUGGGCGCCUGGGUGAAAAAGCCCAUAGAACAGGACCAGUUCUCCCUGAACUCUUGAAGAGGGACCAAAACAAAGACCAGGACAUGACAACAACCAGCUGUUAAUACUUCACUUGAUGUGUGGGUGUGCACGUGUGUGUGUGUGUGUGUGUGAUGAUGUUUGUUCUCAGACAAACCAAGAGCCCUUUAUUGUCAUUUUGCUCUCUCUCUGUGUGCAGUCAUGACUUUGCUUUUUAAUUUGUAAUGUAGGAACAGAUUGUCAUCGAAAUGAUUGUUUGUUUGUUUUGAAGUUAGUGGCAUUAGCUUACAGCAGGAUGUAAUGUCAUUUGUAACUGGAAAAAAUACUUUUUACAUUUUUGUUUUGUUUAAAUUUGUUUUUGUUUAGUUUGUUUGUUUCUUUUUUUUCGGUUUGUAUCAUUUGGGGUUUUGUUUGUUUUUAUUUUGUUUGGUUUUGUUUCAUUUUGUUUUGUUUUUAUGUUUGGUUUGGUUUUUUUAAUUUCCCUUUUUUUUAAUUUUUUUUUUAUUAUUAUUGAGGGUUGUUCUGACAAUUAUGCGCAUGCAUAUGGCUUCAUGUCAACCACACAGCUGUGCACGCGUUUGAAGGUUUCCUGGUUCAGCCUACCCUAAUGCUGGCUCACCUUUGAGCAUGGUUCUCCUUAAUAUGCAAAUCAUAAGCAUAUUUAUAUGUUUUAUUCUGUACCCUCCAGAUUUUAGAGGGGGAAUCGUUCAGACAUUUAAUACAUGGCAUGGUCCCUUUAGCUAGAAAAUAAACGUUUGUCAGGACUCGUAAACUUUAGUGUAGAUUUAGCAAACUCCGUCUUUAUAGUCAGAAUAGAUUUCAGAUUUUAAUUUGACCUCAGAGGGAAACAUGACUGCAUAUGGCUUUGUGAGAGCUUGGAAAGUAGACUGUAUCCCCAUAUGGUUUGAUUUUGAAUUGGAUGAUUGAAUAGUCUUUUUAUGGAUGCAACCAAAGUGCAUUGAUGUUAUUAAACAAUGUGUCUGUCAUGGCUAUAUAAAUUUCUCAAAGGUCUUAAAUGCAUGCACGUAUUGUGUGAGGCACAUUGCUUUGAUUCAGACCUCGCUCAAAGCCCUUUAUCUGGGCUUAAUGCUUCACUAGCCAAUUGAAAUGGACCAUUUUAGAAGCCCCUACUUUUUUAGGUUUUACACAGUUUUGUCUUUUAAGCUGCAUGGACUCUAAAUUAUCACACAAAUGGGAAGUUCCCAGAUGACUCUGAUCUGUUGGUGUUAUUCAGUUUAAAGGAAUAGUUCAACCAAACAUAAAUUCUUUGAUUUACUGAGCCUCAUGUAUUCCACAUUCUUCCAGAUGUUUCUUUAUGCACUACUUUAUAUUUAUGCAGCUUUUUUCCAUACAAGGACAGUUCACAGUGACCAUGGCUAUAAAGCUCCAAAUAGGACCAGAAAAAUACCAUCAAAGCAGCAUUAAAGUAGUUCCAACUUGUGCGCUACAUUCCAAGAUUUUUGAAGCUGUACAAUAGCUUUGCGUUAGGAAUAGACCAAAAUUGAAAGAUGUGAAAUCUCAUUCAUGUUUCAGAUUCAAAGCAGAAGUGUUGAUGCCGAAAAUGCCAUUGGUUCUCAUGUGCAGCGUUACCUGAAAGUGACUUGCCAAUUCACAUAGAAUAGAGAAUGAGAUUUGACCACUGCAGCUGAGGGGAAGAUUAUCAGUGAAUAACACUUAAAUUUCAGUCUGUCCCUCACAAAAAGCUAUCAUAUGUCUUCAGAAGACUGGGAAUAUAAUGCACAAGUCACAUUGGACUACUUUGUGUUUUUUUUUUUUUUAUAAUUUUUUUUUAUCUUUUUUGGAGUUUGACAGAUGUAGUCACUACGAACUCUCAUCUCAUGCAAAAGAGGAACCAGUACAUUCUUCAAAAGUUUUUCUUUUGUGUUCCAUGAAGAUAUACAGCUUAUGGGUUUCGAACAACAUGAGAGUAAAUUAUGAUAACAUUAGGGUUAAAAUAUUCCUGUAACAUUCAUGCUGCAUUCAGUCACUGCAGGUUUGAGCGCAGGGCACUCAUGGGAGUUUUCGAGAUGGCAGAAUGGACUGAAAAAUGAUGCAUGUUUAUUAUUGACAAAAGCCAUCUCUGCAUGCAGAAGAGAGGGUUUGCAGGGGCCACUCUGACUUUUACUUUAUCCUUGUGUCUUGUUUGAGACUUUUUGUUCAUAUACCUGAAUGCCUGCAUUCCUCUGCAAAGACUUAGACUCUGUAAGUCCUUAAGGAAGAGGUUUCCCCUCUAGAGACUUCUGCUUUACAAAGUUAUGAGCCAACAGUGCAGGCUGUCUUUGAUUUAUGGCUUAUCCAGUGCAGCAUGUUUGACUGGUAAGGUUACCAAGAGCCUGAAAGCAGACCUAUUUUCUGUACUAACUUUUUAAAAGGUGGCCAUUGGAGGUAUUUAGAUUCCAGGAGUAGUAGUGUUAAUACUAAUAUAACAGAUGUAGUAAUGCGUCACAUUUCAUUCAUUUUACACACAAGAAAAUUACAGAAACAAAGCUGCAUUAGUAAUAAAAGCAAUAGUUUGCCCAAAAAUGAAAAUUGUCAUUAUUUACUCAACUUUAUGUUGGUACAAAUCCAUAUGCUGUUAUUUCUUUUCUGUUCCGUGGAACAGAAAAAAAUAGCAGCAUGCAUGUUUUGAAUGACAUUGGGUCAUUUUGGGGUAAACUAUUCCUUUAUAACUCUCAAAAUAAUCAGAUAUUGAGGAUGUAACUUAUUGAAGGGUUGCAGGUACAUCAGAGCCUGUUAUUUCUUACAGUUCGGCCAUCUUUGCCUUCCACGAGUAUAGACUUGCAUCACGCUGCACCGUUUUCUGAAGGUGCUCUCUUUCCAUUCCCUCACAAUUGCAUCAGGUUUCUCCAGCGGGAUUAUGCUGAUUUUAAACCUUUUAAAGAAACCAGCAGUAUGCGUGUUCGUUCGUUCGUUCAAGUGUGUUUGUUUGUGCACCUGCUGCUGAGCCCGUUUGGCACUCUGCAGAGACGUCAAAGCACCAUAACUUGGAGAUUGCUGAAUCUUCACCAAAGAUGUCAAUUUUUUGAUCAUUUUAAACAUUCAAACGGAUACUAUUUUUUAAAGACGAGAACAUUGUUGGUGCAAAGAUUGUUCAGCAUUUUACAGUUUUGCCUUGAGUUGUGUUCAUUCAUUUACUAUUGUAUUUUUUCAUGUGUACAUUUGAGUUGGAUUAGUCAGGACUGGAUUUAGAACAUGCUUGUAACUCUCAGUAUUCUUGUAUGUGGUGGAUGUACUGCUGUAAAUAUAUUGUGACCCUCUCAGAUGCUGUUACAGUGGACUGUUUGCAUAUGUAUGACUAAGAUUUUCAAUGAGCGAAAAAUCUUUGAUUUUCAAUCAAAAAAAGCAUCAUGCAUUUGGUUUUAAAAUCUUCACACAAAGCUUGGAAAAUUCCAGCAUGAGAAAAGGGGCUCUAGUACCCAUGGUUUGGGCAGUAAUGUAUUUCCGAAGGGUCCCUAUGAGCGUAUGGGGAAUCUACAGUACUGUAAUGAUUAAUGACUGUAGACUCCCUUUGCUAUAAUAGAAAUGAUUAUGCCCUGAAAUUAAUGAGCACAGUCAGUUCUGCAUAAAUGUGGCUCAGCAAAAAAUAACGCUUUUCUGGGGACACUUUUCAAGGACAGCAGACUUGAGGGACUUUUUUUUUUUUUUCACAUUCUUUUUUGCAUCAUUCUAAUUUUGUCUUCACCUUACUGCUGUCAGAACUUCAACUGUCUGUUUCUACUGUUAUGUUGGGGAUUUUGAUGAAUGAUGUCACAAUGUACGUAGUCAGUGUUCGAAUUGAUGGGUUGGAGGGGCUAUGGGGGUCCUGGAACAAAUAAGAAAAAAAUGAACAUGCUUCGUUGAAUUUAAAAAAGGAAACGUUCAAUUAUUACCCUGAGGUAACGUGAUUUAUUAAUGCACCAACUUUUCAUCAGUGAGUGCAUCCAUAGCAUAUUUAAAAAUCUGAGAACGCAAGAAAACUGCGUUUACAUGAGAUUUGAAAUCAUGUUUUUUUCCAACCGGUCUCAUGAAAAGUCACAAUAAUAGUACGAAAGGGUGAAAUAGUACAUCGGAAUUGUACAAAAACAUAUAACUUUGACUCUUAGAGAAAAAUAAAAUAACCAACAAACAAUGUUACGAUUUUUCCUAAGUUUAACCCCCUCACCCAAACCCUAACCAUGAUUUAAAUUGGAAAUCAUUGUAUAGAAGAAAGAAAAUAUUGGUAUUUGGAACGAGACGAUCUUGUAUUACAGUUUGUUGUUAUGGACAUACAACAGUCAUGUGUAGCCUGUUACUUUAAUAUAUGUGGAAUGAGUAACCAAAUUUGUUCACUGACAUUUCCUUUCUUAAAAUAAAGUGUUGGAUAGGAGGCUAGCUAAAAUUUGAUGCCUGUCUUAUAUUGAUUUGAAAUUUGUUGUUGAUUGGUUGAAAUAAUAGUAGUUUCUUUUCAUAUAAGCUAAAUCGUACGGUGUCUUACGAUUUCGCCGUCUCGUACCAGUUGUCUUGAGACUACAUUGGUUAUUCUCUGCAAUUGACAUCAAAAUCUAAACAGGCAUGCGCACAACACUUGCCGACUUGGUUAAGUCGGUAAGAACGCCAGUAAAGGUGUUUACAUCUGACGAGAAAUCGGUGUAGUGGGCAAAAUCUACAUGGUGAACGGUUUUUGAUCGUUUACAAACUCACCCCAAUAAAGGAAAACCGUUUAAAGCAUGCAAACGCCUCAGUGAUCUGAAAUCGAUUUCUAACUUAAUGUUCUAAACACCGAAGUGCACGAUGCUCCAUUUUAAGGGGGUUGAAUGGGACUAGCACUCCAGACCCCCAUCUUCACAUAAGACUAACAUUACAAAUCAUUGUUAAUAAAUGGUUCUUCGGUCUUUAUUACUAUAAUAUCUUCGAUUUUACCUCUGUGUUUUACUGGCGCUUAUAGCUAGGCUUCUAGCAGAUAUUUUUAGGUAAUUUUAAAAUUAGAAGUUAGCACAUGAUUAUGUUCAGAUGAAUCUAUUCACAAAUCCUUUGCUGUAGAGUUAGUCACAAACUAAAAUAACUUAAAAUCAGACACCACUUCUAAAAUACUGUAUAUUCACUGGCACAGAGUUCAGUUUUUUGGGGUUGUUUAGAGUUGGGGGGGGGGGCCCCCAAUAGCCCUGACACAAUUCAAACACUGUACAUAGUUCUAUCUAAUAUGGAAACUUUGUUUAUUUGUUCUUUUUGGAAACUGAGCCUUGUCUUAGCGAAGAGUCCUGAAUUUCACCCUCCUCUGUUCCUGGCCAGCCCGUUUCUAAACGUCUUGUGAAAUGGUGACUGUACAGUGGAGUCCGGCGGUGGUCCGGUUUGCGUGUCGAAGCCUGGCGUACCCUGGUCCGUACCUGGCUCGAUCAUGGUCCACACCGUCUUUUGCCUGUCCUUCGUAAUAUCCACAUGGGUCACCUGCAUGAGCUACUUCACUGAAACUGCACCCAGCAUGACGACAAACUUUAAAAAAAAAAAAAAAAAAAAAAAAGGACUUGUAUGUAGAAAAAAAAAAGAAAAUAGAUCUAAAUAUACAAAAAAUGAAAGGAAUAAAAAAAGAUCUUAGUUUA